CGGAACUGAUACCCGUCAUUUAUUUCCGAGUCUUCAAAGCCUGUUUGAGCGGCGAGCGACCUGAUUGAUUGUGUUUUUUGUCAUUUUAUUUGUUUUUUUUACCGGACAAAGAUGCAGAUCUGCAGCGUGUGCAGCGACCAGACGCCAAAAUACAGAUGUCCGACCUGCAAAAUAAGAUAUUGUUCACUAGGCUGUUAUAAGAGGCACAAAGACACUUGCGUCCCUUUGGAGCAGCCUCCACCUGUUGAACCUGAAGCUAAGGAUCCUGUCAACACUGAGCCGUGGACUGUUGAGGAUCUUCUGCAUGAAGACAGCAUCACUGACAAAGUGCCUCUGCAGAGACUCCAGCUGUUAGGUCAGUCUAAAGAGCUGAGAGAUCUUCUGUGCAACCCCCAUCUGAGACAGUUAUUACGCUCUGUUGACGGCGCAGACAACAAAUAUGACGCGAUGAAGGCUGCCAUGCAGGAGCCUCUGUUUGUUGAAUUUUCAGAUCGGUGUUUGAAAAUUGUCGACGACGAAGCAAAAUCCAGUGACGCUUAUGAUUUAUAAACUUGUGCCUGCUUUAGAUUUUCUAUCAUGACUUUAUAUACUUUUUUUAUAUAUAUAAAAUGUCUCAGAAUAAGCCACAUUACUGUAACCUGUCUGUGCCUUUUCAUGUUACAGUGUAUAUAUAGUGUUCAAAUAAAGGCUGAAAUGUUCCUGAGUCAACACUAAAAGCUUGGAGUUAAUGUCACCGAUCACGUUUGAGGUGAAAGGAAAAACUACUACAUUCAAAUUUAUAAAAUUUAUUCCAACAAAACAUUUAAAUAUUAACAAAAUUCAAGUUGUUGUACAUUGAUCCCUUGGUACCACUGACAAAAACAAGUACAGAGAUUGCAUUAUAACAAACUGCCAUGAUUCAGACACCUAUCAGUGAAUCCAUAACUAGAAAACAAAGUGUUUAGUGAGCAAAGAAAGACGUUUCAUGCUGUCUGUGGGUAAAGCUGGGCAGCUAAACAUCAGUGUUAAGUUACCAUGAAUAAUAUUUUGUAACAUUUGUAGCAAAAAGAUGUUUGAAA